GACGCCUGGGAGCGUGGGAAACGAAGGCUUAUCUAUCACACGCCGACCUAACAGUUGCAGAAGUCAUUGCGCGGAGGUAUCCCCGGUCUGCAACAAGGAGGUACGCUGAAUGCGUCGACUUUCCCGAGUCACUGUUGGUGCCUCACAGCCAUCAAUAACUUCUUGUCCGUUCAAUGUUUUCGUAGAGUUCUCAAACUGGGUGAAAGGUGUGGCCGCUCCCGACUCUUGUGGCUGGAUGAGAUCACGGACUUGGAAGAAGUGCAUGAGAGUGUCGGGGUUGCUGUGUCUUCUCCUGGCUGCAGAUGGAUGCCCUGCCCUGGGCUUCUUAGCGUCCGGUUGCUGUGGCCCGCAAACCAACUUCCGAGCCCCACUUUUCCGGUCCCUAGCCUCCCAUUCAUUGGCCAAGUUGUGCUCCUGGGCCCCGUCCCUUGGGCCCGAGCAAGCGAAAGGGCAAAAGUCAUUAAACCCCCAAGGUCGCCCGCCCUCUCGCCCUCCGGCCCAUCUCGCGAUCAUUUUCCCAAGAUUCCUCUUCGUCCCUCCCUUCUUCCUUUCCCCCUCCCUGGAUUUGUCGCAGGAGGCCAGCGUAAUCUCUCCCCUGCAUCCCUUGUGCAUUUUGCAUUUGACUGCAUCUGCACUGCCCGGCGCUCCGUUUUUCCUUCUCAUCAAGCCCCCAGAGACAAUCAUCCCGUCGUUUCUUGCAGCACUUGAAGGCCAGCGCUCCCCCGUCAAGCAUCCGACAUUUCGCGUCGCAGCCACCGUACAUCGCCGCCACGACCCUGUCAAGCGGCUCUGUGCUUGUUUGAUAGACAUCGGUACCUGGGUAUCCCAUCGAUCGGUUUUGUUUCGUUCAAACAAGGCCUUUGGUCUCAUUCAUCCAUUGUUUCCUCGAUCGAGUGCCCCCCUAGCGCACCGCAACCAUCUGUCAGCGUCCGCAGCGUUGCCUCGAAAUCCCGAACACGCAUUUGUUCACAGGCAGCGCCUGAGAACACGAUCGCAUCAGAGUCUGGCUGCAUCCGCGCUUGGUUCAUUAGACGAUCGAUUCGCGCAGUAUUUGCUUCGGGGAUCAACCCCACUUGCCUUGCUGGGUUUCAAGGUCGCAUAUCAACUGAGUUGACUACCCGACUUCGCAUCACCAACCGCUGUUCGUUGGCACCGUCGCCGAUUAAGUCCGACCUAGCGCGACGCUUGCGAUAUGUACCCACAACAGAAUGCAACAAUGGCCGGGCAACAGAUUCCAGAGACGUUCAUGCUGAGCGCUGAGGCCCAGCAAGCUCUUCCACAGGAUGCUCAGGUAGCUCUUCAACAAGUUGACAAUCUCAAGUAUUUC